AUGGCGCCCGCCGCGCGCGCCCUGCUGCUCGCCCUGCUGCCGCUGCUGUCGCCGCCGUGCGGCGCGCGCUUCGACCCCACCUGGGAGUCCCUGGACGCCCGCCCGCUCCCCGCGUGGUUCGACCAGGCCAAGUUCGGCGUCUUCAUCCACUGGGGCGUGUUCUCGGUGCCCAGCUUCGGCAGCGAAUGGUUCUGGUGGUAUUGGGAAAAAGAAAAGAGGCCACUAUUUGUAAACUUUAUGAAAGAUAAUUAUCCCCCUGAUUUCAAAUAUGAAGAUUUUGGGCCACUGUUCACAGCCAAAUUUUUUAAUGCCAACCAGUGGGCAGAUCUCCUUCAGGCAUCUGGUGCCAAAUACGUCGUCUUAACUUCCAAACAUCAUGAAGGCUUCACCUUGUGGGGUUCAAAGUAUUCGUGGAACUGGAACGCCGUAGACGAAGGGCCGAAGAGGGACAUCGUCAAGGAACUUGAAGUGGCCAUUAAGAAAAGAACUGACAUGCAUUUUGGAUUGUACUAUUCUCUUUUUGAAUGGUUUCAUCCACUCUUCUUAGAAGAUCAAUCUAGUUCUUUCCAUAAGCGCCAAUUUCCAGUUUCUAAGAUGUUGCCUGAGAUCUUUGACUUAGUGAACAAGUACCAGCCUGAGGUCCUAUGGGCAGAUGGAGAUGGAGGGGCACCAGAUUCUUACUGGAACAGCACUGGCUUCCUAGCCUGGCUGUACAAUGACAGCCCAGUUCGGGACACGGUGGUCACCAACGACCGUUGGGGAGCUGGUAGCAUCUGUAAGCAUGGUGGCUACUAUACCUGCAGUGACCGUUACAACCCUGGACAUCUUCUACCACAUAAAUGGGAAAACUGCAUGACAAUAGACAAGUUUUCCUGGGGCUAUCGGAGGAAUGCUAGAAUUGGUGACUAUCUUACCAUUGAAGAAUUGGUAAAGCAACUUGUAGAAACAGUUUCAUGUGGUGGAAAUCUUUUGAUGAAUAUUGGGCCUACACUAGAUGGCACCAUUUCUGCAAUUUUUGAAGAGCGAUUAAGGCAAAUGGGGGCCUGGCUAAAAGUCAAUGGGGAAGCCAUCUAUGAAAGCCACACGUGGCAAUCCCAGAAUGACACCAUCACCCCAGACGUAUGGUACACAUCUAAACCUGAGGAAAAAUUGGUUUAUGCCAUUUUUCUUAAAUGGCCUACCUCAGGAUCGUUGAUUCUCGGCCAACCCAGGGCUACUCCCAGAGCAACAGAGGUAAAGCUACUGGGACAUGGACAACCACUUAAAUGGAUUUCUUUGGAGCAAAAGGGCAUCGUGGUGCAAUUGCCACAGCUGACAGUUCAUCAGAUGCCCUGUCAAUGGGGCUGGACCCUGGCACUAAGAAAUGUGAGCUAACGUGCAGG